UUCAGUGUGGACUACCACCAUGUGCAGGCCCCAUUUGAGAUUGGACUGUGGAUCAUGUUGGCUUCACUGGCUAAACUGGGAUUCCACUGGUCUGGGCGUAUCCCUGCUGUGGUCCCGGAGAGCUGCCUGCUCAUCAUGGUGGGCCUGCUGGUGGGCGGGGUCAUCUACGGCGUCCGCCACGCUGCGCCGCCGGUCCUGAGCGCGGACGCCUUCUUCCUGUACCUCCUGCCCCCCAUUGUGCUGGACGCGGGCUACUUCCUGCCCGGGCGGCUCUUCUUCGAGAACCUGGGCACCAUCCUGUGGUACGCGGUGCUGGGCACGCUGUGGAACGUGCUGGGCAUCGGCGCGUCCCUGUACGGGGUGUGCCGGCUUGGGCCCUGGGGGCUGGGGGAGGUGUCCCUGCUGCACUGCCUGCUUUUCGGCAGCCUCAUCGCGGCCGUGGACCCCGUCGCCGUCCUCUCCGUCUUCGAGAAGAUCCACGUCAACGAGCAGCUGCACAUCCUGGUGUUUGGGGAGUCGCUGCUCAACGAUGCUGUUACCGUGGUCCUGUACAAGCUGUUUGAGUCCUUCCUGCAGAUGCCCUCAGUGUCAGGGCUGGAUGUGCUGGCGGGGGGUUGCCAGUUUGUGGUGGUGGGGCUGGGGGGCCUCUGCGUGGGGCUGUUCUUCGGCAUGGUGGCUGCCCUCACCACCCGUUUCACAGCCCGGGCCCAAGUGAUCGCGCCCCUCUUUGUCUUCCUGUACAGCUACCUCUCAUACCUCACCUCCGAGAUGCUGCACCUGUCUGGGAUCAUGGCGAUUGUGACCUGUGCUGUUAGUAUGAAGCAGUAUGUGGAGGCCAACGUAUCCCAGGAGUCCAACACCACCAUAAAAUACUUCCUGAAGAUGUGGAGCAGUGUCAGCGAGACUCUGAUCUUCAUCUUCCUGGGCGUGUCCACCAUCCAGGAUGUACACAUGUGGAGCUGGCCCUUUGUCUCUGCCACACUCUUCCUGUGCCUCUUCUGGAGGGCCCUGGGUGUGCUGCUCCUGACGGCCGUGAUGAACAAACUGCGGCGAAACCCUGUCACCUUUCGGGACCAGUUCAUCAUCGCCUACGGUGGCCUGAGAGGGGCAAUAUGUUUUUCUCUGGUCUUCUUGAUCGAUGACUUCCCUAAGAAGAGACUCUUCAUCACCACUACUAUUGUGGUCAUCCUCUUCACAGUCUUUGUGCAGGGCAUGACCAUUAAGCCACUGGUGGAGUUGCUGGAAGUGAAGCGCAGGAAGAGGGCGCCCACUACAGUCAGUGAAGAGAUACACAGUCGGCUUUUGGAUCAUCUGCUGUCUGGUAUUGAGGAUAUUGUUGGGUACUGGGGCCAGCACUACUGGAAAGACAAGUAAGACUCAUGUUUAAAGCAAAGGUGUUGUUGUAAAACAUAUGAUUUAUAACCCCACCAUUGUAUAGGACAGUAUAUAGAUUUCAAAGUCCUGUAAGACACAUAUACUUAA